CACGCCACCCAAAACAGGCUCGCGUAUCGUCGCUACCGGGCUGCCUUUUCAAGGUUAACCUACACGUAUAUACGAACGAACGAACGACAGCUAAGUGCCAAGGUGCCGAUUCAACGAACUACCCUUAUAACGAAACCCCCCUUCUUUAAUCAUUUAUCAACGCUUAACAACUAUUAAUCUAAUUAUUUAUUUUUCUUCUUUUUAUUUUUCUAUUUCUACUUUUUCUUCUGCUUCUUGUUAUCAUCGUUUAUAUAUCUUAUUUAUAUCACAUUUACAAUCGAACGCGAGUGAUUGAACUUAGCGCCCCACGGAAUACGAGUUUAUAGUUUCCCUAUGCGAACUUGUGUGUGUGGAAGCAGCAUCAAAGUUGGAGAACAGUGAGCAAGAACUUUGUGUACCCUCUGUGAUCUUCUUCUUCUUCUGCUUCUACUUCUACUUCUUUUUCUUUUUAUUCUUCUUCUGCACCGUAGACGUUAUUUCCCGUACGAUAAUCACGUAACUCGAAGCAAUUUCACACGGAUACCUGUAUCAGAAAUAGAACGGAAAUUCGUUGAACUGGAAUGGAGAGUGCGGAGUUCUUCUAUAACCAUCGGAAUCGCCGGAGUGAUGCGAUCAACGCGGGAAUGAAUCGAAGAUCCAAACCAAUGAGACCUCUUAGACGGACGAAGUUGCUACCAAGCCGGACAAUGACGCUUCUCUUAUCGUUGUUACUAGUAGCGUUUUCGCUACCAGUCGCACGACUAGAAUCAUCGAUUGGUUCGGUUAGCAACGGUGGUUCGGUAUCAAGUGGUGGUGGUUCAUCGUCAUCAUCGUCAGCAGUAUCUUCCUCGGCCUCUUCGUCAUCUUCAUCUUCUUCGUCAAUCGGAGUUGCUUCCGGUGGGAGUUCAGCUUCCGGUGGGAUAGUUGGAGCUGGUAACAGCGUCAUCGGUGGAGGAAUUAGCGGCAGCGGCGGCGGCGGCGGCGGGGGUGGAGGUGGUGGUGGUAGUCAUAGUCACUCUGGACUUGGAAGUAGUAGUGGUGGAAAUUCUGGGAACGGAAAUGGCCGUUGCGAGGAGAUAACGAUACCAAUGUGCCGUGGAAUCGGGUAUAAUUUAACAGCCAUGCCAAAUGAGUUAAAUCACGAUACUCAAGAGGAAGCUGGCUUGGAGGUUCAUCAAUUUUGGCCAUUAGUCGAGAUCAAAUGUUCUCCAGAUUUAAAGUUCUUUCUUUGCUCAAUGUAUACGCCAAUAUGUUUACCCGAGUAUACCAAACCAUUACCAGCUUGUAAAAGCGUAUGCGAAAGAGCACGAGCAGGUUGUGCACCGUUGAUGCAGCAAUACGGCUUUUCUUGGCCGGAAAGAAUGGCAUGCGAGAGAUUACCGAAUUACGGAGAUCCAGAUAAUCUUUGCAUGGAUCAAAAUAAUCGUACGAGUAACGGUGCUGGAUCUGGAAGCGGAAGUGGUAGUGGUUCGGCAAGCAACGCACCAAUGCCUGCUGCAGCAGCACCACCAAGACCAACGCGACCAUCUAAGGCAAUGCAACCGCCUCGUUGUAAGCCGGGAAAAAAUCAAAAAAACUGCCAGCACCCCCCGGGGGAAAGGACGAGAGAUUGCUUUUGCAGAUGCAGAGCACCUCUCGUGCCUCUGGGGGUGGGAACAGGCACGGCGAUACCCGGCCAGAUAAGCGGAAGCAACACCGGGGGAGCUGGCCUGGCCGGCAUGGCCGUAAGUGGAGUCAUUCCGGCACCACCGCAGGCGGACAACGGUCGGAUCACCAUUCAGGAAAUUGCAGGGGUAACCAAUUGCGCCCUUCCGUGCCACGGAGCGUUUCUCACCCCCGAAGAGCGAGGGUUCGCGGCCGUGUGGCUCGGCCUGUGGAGCGGCCUGUGCGCCGCAAGCACUCUCACGACCGUCACCACGUUCCUGAUCGACACCCAGCGCUUCAAGUAUCCUGAGAGACCGAUAGUCUUCCUCUCGGCGUGUUACUUCGUCGUGUCGCUCGGUUAUCUGUCGAAGAACGUGUUGGGACACGAGGAGAUAGCGUGCGACGGUCCAGCGCUGAGAACGGGAGCACAGGGGCCGGGCUCUUGCGUGACGGUCUUCCUAAUGAUAUACUUCUUCGGAAUGGCGUCCUCGGUAUGGUGGGUCAUACUGGCGUUCACGUGGUUCCUCGCGGCCGGUCUGAAGUGGGGCAACGAAGCUAUAGCAUCUUAUUCCCAGUACUUCCAUCUGGCAGCUUGGCUAGCUCCGACAAUUCAAACGGUCUGGGCUUACAUUUCGGGCGGGGUGGCUGGGGAUCCAGUGGCAGGAGUUUGCGUGGUAGCACCGGAAGGCGUGAGCACGUUCAUCCUAGCGCCUCUCUUCGUUUACCUAUUACUGGGAACGAGCUUUCUAUUAGCCGGAUUCGUAAGUCUGUUCAGAAUCCGUUCGGUGAUAAAACGACAGCCCGGGGCAAAAGCGGACAAGCUAGAAAAAUUGAUGAUACGCAUAGGCGUGUUCAGCGUUCUAUACACGCUACCGGCCGGCUUGGUUCUCGCAUGUCACAUUUACGAGUCCGUUCUACGGGACGAUUGGCUGAAGUCUCUGGCCUGUCCAUGCGCUCCCCGAGCAAGGCCACUGUACUCCGUCCUCAUGCUAAAGUACUUCAUGGCCCUCGCGGUCGGCAUAACAUCGGGCGUAUGGAUCUGGAGCGGCAAAACUCUCGACAGUUGGCGACGACUAUGGAGGCGUCUCUUCGGAGGCGGGAGUGGCGCAGGCGUUUACGGAGGCGGUGGCGCCGGUAUGGUAGCUGGCGUGACAGGCGUGAGCGGAGGAAUAGGCAGCGCAAGCAUGAAGGGCGUCGUAGGUCGUGUCGCCAUGCCAUACCCGGCGGCACCAGGACCUGGUAGCGCACUUUUGCCACCUGGCAGCGUAGCUAGCGCGUCUCAGCAUCAUCUCCAUCAUCACGUACUCAAGCAACCUCCUCUUUCGCACGUAUGACGUCACCAGUCGGCGGGAGGCGACAUGAGCACCGCCGGCUGCGAGCAGCCGCAGCAGCAAUCCCAGCAGCAGCAGCAACAACAGCAACAACAACAGCAACAACAACAACAGCAAUCGCAAUCGCAACAAUCGGUGCAGCAACAGGAGAGGCCUUCCGCCCUUAGCAACUACGGGCCCAUUUAGCCCUUCGCCUCGGCCUCGCGCAGGCACACGCCGCACACGCCGCAUACGGCACCGCACACGGCACCGCACACGCCGCAUUCAGCGGCUACGAUAUAUUCGAGAAGGUCUCUUGCCUCAACGACUGGACCUCUUACGCCGGCACACGGUCUUGCGCCAUCUUACUCGCAGGCAACUGAAGUUUGAGGCAUGUCGAUGAAACCGAGUAUCAUUGGGAUUACUUGCCAAUCUCUCAAUUGAUCUUACUCGGUUAUCCCCAUACACUGUCAUUACAAAAAUUUACUCAUAAAACAUACACUCAUAACAUAUACAUCUACAUCCACAUCUAACAUACGUAACAUUGAACAAUUCACAUAUACGUAAGACAUCAAACACGCACACACGUACAUAGGAUUUACCCGAUAUACGUAUUAGCCCGUACGUGUCUUCCCCGUGGAUUAGUUUCAGAGUUUACGCGUUCUUUCGUCACCUCGGGAGGAAUAAUUUCGAGCGACGCCUAACACGAUGAUCAGCGCGAAAGGACACGCUCUUUUCUAAUCUUCGGGCCGUGAAAGAGAUAAAAAAGGGAUAGGGAGAGAAAGGGACACUGACGGAUAGAGAGAGAAAGACGGGAAACCUGAGAGAGACAGAGAGAGAGAGAGAGAGAGAGAGUCAGAAUUUAGAAAAAGAGUCCAUGAUUUGUUAGCCCCCGUUAAGGCUCCAAAAAUGCAAUUUUGUAUGUGUGAGUAUACGUAUGUAUGUUCGAUAGAGUGUUCGUAUGUGUCUAACAAUAAGUACGUAUGCACGUAUGUAUGUGUCAUUGUAAAUGAAUGGCUAGUACGAAUGUUUUAAUCCUCUUUUCUCUCUCGUUUGUUCUCUCUCUCUCUCUCUCUUAUUCUCUCUUUCUCUCUCUUUCUCUCUUUUUAUUUUUUUCUCUCCUUCCCUCUGUUUUCUCUAUGAAACAUCUUGAAACUCCGGCUCUUUUCUUACUUUCUUAUUAUGCUAACGUAGCGGAGCUCGUAAGGCUCGCAUGUCCGUCUAACGUGUAUCGUCUCGUCUAUUUAUCUAACUCUUAGCUCGUAACGAUUAGGUGUAUAACGCGAUUUUUUCUAGAAAAUACGUACCGUCAUUUAUUUGGUAUCAUAGUCUGUUCUUUCUCCUAUCUCUUUUAUUUUUUUUCUGACGAAAGAAGAAAAACAACAAAAAGAGAUAUAAGGUAAUGUAAUAGGGUUGAUUUAAAAAAAAAAUGAAUAACCCAAGAGAACAUAAAAGUAACAGCUGUGUUUUGUAGCCGUUUAUGUGAAAGUAAAAUACAUAAUAAAUAAUUCAUAUAUGAUAUACAUGUUUUUAAGAACAGACUAUGACUGCCAUAAAAGAAAUCGUAGCUGGGUAUGAAGAAGAAGAAGAAGAAGAUUAUGAUGAUGAUCAUGAUGAUAAUGAUGAUGAUGAUGAUGAUG